CUCAACUGUAAACGCCUCGAGUUUGCCAGAACCGCCCAUUACAGCAGUGAGCGAGAGGCCUAACAGCACCCAUCCACCCAACAUGAAUGAACAAGACUGGAAGACGAGCGUCCCAUACUCGACCGAAGGGCCGUCCGACGGGGCAACAGUGCAUUGGACCGGCCGCUGCCACUGCGGGAGGAUAGAGUACAGCCUGACCCGGGACAAGCCGCUGCAGUCCAAGUAUUGCCACUGCGGCGACUGCAGGGUCCUUCACGGUGCACCCUUUCAAUGGGCCGCAAUCUUCCACAAGACCGACAUCCACUUCAAGCAUGGCGCGCAGGGCCUGAGCUGGUACCACACCCCGACCAAGUCGCCCGAGCACCAUCUGCCAUGCAAGGUGUAUUGCGCCUUCUGCCAUACACCCAUCAUGGACGAGGGCCGGAACAUGGUGCUGCUCUUCCCGACCCUGAUCGAGGGCCUGGACGAGCGCGCCAGGGAGGCCUUCAAGCCGCAGUCGCACCUAUUUUAUCCGCAGCGCGUCGUCGACUUUGCCGGCGACGGGAUUGCUAAGUGGAGCGGGCUGAACGACAAGAGCGAAGAGGUUGGUGAAGAUGGGCGUCCGAAGAAGGUUUAAUGGGCGAGGCUGAGCUGGGAAUGGGCGUGUUGGGAUAGAUGGUAGUGGAGAGGACCAGCGGCAAGGCCAAUGUAAGUGGCUAGUCCGAGGGUCGGGGACAGCAGUGCCAAAGGCGGAAUCGCCUGCUGUAAAAUCAAGUCUAGUGCUAGUAGGGAUCUAGCUAGCACCUUGACCAGACGCUGCGAGUAAAUAAAACCCACAUGCCGAAGUCGGACAUGCAUAUAGGCCCACUCGAAGGGCGCGGGUUUGACAGGGCGGCCAAGUCCGAUGGGCGUCAUCGACGACGAAUAAGAACAGGGCUCUUCGC